AUGUGUAACAAUUAUAGGACAAUUAAUCGUUACAACAAAAAUCUAGCAAGAGGAAAUUUCAGAGGAAGUCAUCAGAACUUCAGGGGCAAUCAUGGAAGUCACUAUCAGAGUGGAAUAUAUAGAGGACACCCACCUAUGCAGAACAACUUUAACCAUAAACAGGGAAGACCAUAUAGAGGACAUUUUAUGCAGACUCCGAAUCGCUUCAAUAGUACAUAUAGCAGAAGUUAUCAUGGGUCAAAUUUAGGAGGAAAUCAAAAAGGAGGGUAUAAUAAGUCUUACAACUGUGAGUAUGAACACAACAGUCAAGCCUUAUCUAUUCAUAAUGAAAGUUACUCAGUUUUUAAACAUAAGAAUAAUAAUUUAGAGUUUUGUGUAGAUUCAGGAUGUACUGAUUAUUUAAUAAAUUCAUUAAACUAUUUUUAUGAAUACUUAGAAUUGAAAAAGCCUAAAAAAAUAUCAGCUGCUAAGAAUGGAAUAUCAUUGGAUGCAAAAGGCAUAGGUAAUAUUCAGGUUUUGUCAACAGUGAAAAAUGAAAUACAUAUUGUUACUAUAAAAAAUGUAUAUUAUGUUCCAGAGUUAACCCUUUUAAGGCAGAGGCGAUAUAUUUACCACCAACAAAAA